AUGGAUAUCGAUAUCGAGAAUCCAGCUUUUACGGGCUUUUUCAAUGAAGGUCACAAACGAAUAGAUAUCGUCAUAGUAAUAAAUGAUAACGCUAAUAAGGAAAUACAAGAAAUACGUUUGAAUUUUUUUAUGAACGCCGUAAAAUUUGGUUUAGAGCUUGAACUAGAAGAAGGAAAGUUGGCUGAACACAAGAAUUUGAUAUUCGUUAAAGUACACGCUCCGGAUGUAAUAAUUGAAGAAUUCGGCCUAUCCUUUAAUGAGCCAAAAAAUCAAUAUCCCGGUCCUGUUAACUACUCAACUUUAGAGAGGAGCAUGAUCGUAUAUAAAAUUCUUCAACAGUUACCUUUUGAACAAUUUGAAAAUCACUAUGGAAUCAAUAAAUUAAUAAGUUCAAAUAUAAUAUUUGAUGCGUUUGCGUUACACGAUGGGCCAUACUUUAUUGUACCGAGGCAAGAAACGACCGAAUAUAUUAAUGCAAGACAAGCGCUUUUUUAUAAUUGGGUUGGCGUUAAUAAUAUAUGGAAGAUGCAACCCAUUCAUAUGAUAAGAGAGUAUUUUGGUGAAAGAAUUGCCUUCUACUUUGGUUACUACGAGUUUUUCAACAUAAUGCUAGCAAUUAUAAGUGUGGUUGGUGCAUGGAUUACAUAUGAUCAGUAUACUGGAACGCCUGAAUUUGAUGAACUCACAAUUUGCAAUGAGUGUAGAAACCUUACUAUCUGUCCUUUUAUUCCACAUACACAGUAUUGUACAGAAUUAAAGUUUAUUUCGAAAAUUGAUACCGAAGGCAUGCGAUUUUAUGCGUUUUUUGUCUGCCUUACGGGCAUUAUCUUUGUAAUAUUUUGGAAAAGAAAAGAAAUGUACCUUAUGUGGAUGUGGGAAAUGAAUGCAAAAUUAAUAAAAAAAAUACGCCGACCGGAGGUUCUACCUUUCACAAGAAUAUCCGACAAAAGUAUAAUUUUCAUUAUUCUAAGGGGGCUUUCAAUAUUUUUUACUAUGGCAAUAUUCAGUGCAUUGGUUAGCAUGAUUUUAUCAUACAUUCUAACGGAACUUGAAAAUUACAAAACAUACGCAUCAUACGAAAGAUCUCUUGCUAUUAGGAUGUAUGGAUUUGGUUUCCCGUCUACCUUUAUGUUACUAUUUUGCUAUUUGGUACUUGAAGAAAUUAUGUACAAGCAUCCUGUAGAUAAGAGUAAUUGGUAUACGCUAGAAGGCUUUGGAUUGAUGAACAAUGGUCUCGGAAAUUCCCUCGAUGAUAUAUGUGUGACUGUGGCGGUCAUAAUUGUUCUGGAUCAAGUCAUUUUUAAAAUUCCUACUAUUUUAUAUUAUAAAAUGACAGACUACGACCAAUUAUGUGUCUUUGAUAGUAAUAUACCAUGCUGGGAAAGAGAAUACAGAUUGCCAAAUCUUACUGAAAUGUUUAUACAUAACGGUUAUAAUGCGAUAGCAAUGCAAUUCGCAAUGGCCACCUUCUUAACAUGUACAUGCCCUAUUGUUCCUUUGUUUAUUUUCUUGGUGAAUUUGUGGGAUAUAAGGUGA